UUCCUGCACACCCGGAAGCAGAUCGCGCUGGGGAAAGGCCACGUCGCUAUGCGUGUGUUUCAGUUUACCUGGAUUAAACGUUUGCUUCUCUUCGUCUACCUUGGUUAAACGUGCACUUCGCAGUCCUCGGUUCUCCUUACCCGUGACCUGGGGAUCGCUACGGACCUUAAAAUACCCGCAACAGCCCCUUCGUCCCAAGUAAGUAGGAGAAUUGCUUCCCUUUCGGUUUAAAAUCUCUCUGAGGCUGUUCGUUGCUCUCUGCCUUUCUUCCUUAGGACCAUGUAGACAACGCCAUUCAGGUAGUGUUCCUGCUUAAAACCCUCUGCUUGGGCCCCGCGCCAAGUCGAGUCCUCAUUCGGGAUGUGGACUAGCGCCCUUCGCGAUCCCCGAGCUCCUCCCUCGUCUGUCCCUGGAGGGGAGCGCCCACUGUCCGGCUCCUGAAGGAGCCGCUUCUCCUCCCACGUCCUGGGAUUCUGCAGACCCUCCCUGUCGUGAGACACCGUCCUCCGCGCCACCUUGUGUCGUCCUCACGCCGGGUCCUUCCGCUCCCCAGGCUUCCCCUUCACAGCCACUGCUUUUCUUGACUCCCCGUUGGGACAGGUUACCUGAGUCUGUCUUGUGACACCCAGUGUUCUUCCUUCCCAAAUUUUACUCCACUGGAAAAUGUGCUCUUCCGGGAGGUGGGCAUCCUAUUCCUCCCCUUUCCUCCCGAAUGUGUGGGUGAGAGGGAUCAGGAGAGGAAAAGACGGGGAACGACGGAGCAAAAGGAAAAACUGAGGAGAAAAGAAUGAGGGAGACCCAUAAAUACACGGCAAAAUGGAUGAUACUUUAGGGACUUGCAAAGAGAGCAAGAGUGAAAGAGAACGGAUGGAAAAAGUAGCAGGGGGAGAAAAGCACACAGAGAAAUUUAGAAAAAAAAGGGGACCUUCACAGAGAUGAAGGGCAGCAAAAUAGAGUGGGGCGGCAAAGGAGGAGGCACUGCAGACAGACAGUGGGGAGAAGGUGAAAGAGUUGGAACCGCGGCUGACAGAGCUACGUGGUGCUGGAACUGAAAGAGAGGGAGAGAGGGCAGUGGGUGACAAGCAGAGUAGAGGGAGAACCACAGCAGGGAGUAAGCCUAGGAAAUUGGGGGUGCUAGAGAGUGGCAACAAAGGAGAUGUAACAGGGAAGAGGGAAUUUAACAAGGAGAGCAGAGAGGGAGCUUAGAUGGGGGAAAAGAGGCAGAAAUACGUGGAGAUUGGGGGCAAUCGGAAAGAUUGGGGAGAAAGAGCUACGAGAAGUGAAGUAAGUUGCAGAGCAUUGGGCAGAACAGACAUAAAAGAGGGAAUAAAGAAAGGGGUGCAAAACAGAAAAGGAGAAAAAAAAGACGCGCAGAAUGAGAGAGGGAAACACAUAGCCGUGAAGAAAGCCGGAGAGGACCCCAUCCAGAUGAGUGACAGUUGAUUGGAUAUGGAUGGUGGUUGUAAUAUAUUGAUUUGUGGCUUUAUACUCUGAUUUGAAAUAUGUUUAAGUUGUACUCAUGAGGAUGAAAAUCACCAAAGUUUUUUCUAUAAGCCUUGUGCAUUUUGUAUUUAUUUGUAUCAAAAGAUAUUUGGAAUUCCUAUUUAGCCAGAGGGCAGUGACUUGAUCCAGUUAUUUGUGGUAACUCUCUUCUUCCCAAUGAUGGAGUAGAGGAUAAAGGAGGGGAGAAAUGGGGCAAGAAAUGACUGACUGUCACUACAAGAUAUGUCUUUGGUGGUUUUUUUUGGCUUUGUUCUGUUUUGUUUGUUUUGGGGGGGACAUGGUCUCUCUCUGCCGCCUAGGCUGGAGAGCAGUGGCAUGAUCUCGGCUCACUGCAGCUUCUACUUCCUGGCCUCAAGCAGUCUUUCCACCUCAGCCUCUCAACGCACUGGAAUUACAGAUGUGAGCCACCACACUAGGCCUACAAGUAGAUUCCGGCUUUUGCCAUGUUGCCCAGUCUGAUCUGGAACUCCCGGGCUCCAAAGACCUGCCCACCUUGGCCUUCCACAGUGCUGGGAUUACAGGGUGGUCCUUACACCAGAUUAAUUUAUCUUGAAAUGGCGGGCAACUGAAUUGCACACCUCAAUCUAUGAUUUGACUUUUAAAGAAUUAAUUAUAUUGACUGAGAGAGAGGCCCAGGAGAGAAAGAAGAAAGAAAAGGAGCCAGGGAUGGCUCUUCCUCAGGGAUCUUUGACAUUCAGGGAUGUGGCUGUAGAAUUCUCUCAGGAGGAGUGGAAAUGCCUGGACCCUGUUCAGAAAGCUUUGUACAGGGACGUGAUGUUGGAGAACUAUAGGAACCUCGGCUUCCUGGCAGGACUCUGUCUUCCUGACCUGAAUAUUAUCUCCAUGUUGGAGCAAGGGAAAGAGCCCUGGACUGUGGUGAGCCAAGUGAAAAUAGCGAGGAACCCAAACUGUGGGGAAUGCAUGAAAAGCGUGAUCACCGGUAUCUCUCCUAAAUGUGUGAUCAAGGAAUUGCCACCAAUACAGAACAGUAACACAGGAGAAAAAUUCCAAACAGUGAUGUUGGAAGGACAUGAAAGCUAUGACACUGAAAACUUUUACUUCAGGGAAAUCCGGAAAAAUCUACAGGACCUUGACUUUCAAUGGAAAGAUGGUGAAAUAAAUUAUAAAGAAGGGCCGAUGACCCAUAAAAACAAUCUUACAGGUGAAAGAGUUCGACAUAGUCAAGGGGACGUAGAAAACAAGCAUAUGGAAAAUCAGCUUAUAUUAAGGUUUCAGUCCGGUCUGGGUGAAUUGCAGAAAUUUCAAACUGCAGAGAAAAUUUAUGGAUGUAAUCAAAUUGAGAGGACAGUUAAUAAUGGUUUUUUAGCUUCACCACUUCAAAGAAUUUUUCCUGGUGUCCAAACCAACAUUUCUAGGAAAUAUGGGAAUGAUUUUUUGCAACUUUCGUUACCUACACAAGACGAGAAAACACAUAUUAGGGAAAAACCUUACAUAGGUAAUGAGUGUGGCAAAGCCUUCAGAGUGUCUUCAAGUCUUAUUAAUCAUCAGAUGAUACAUACUACAGAGAAACCUUACAGAUGCAAUGAGUCUGGUAAAGCCUUUCAUCGGGGCUCACUACUAACAGUACAUCAGAUAGUCCAUACAAGAGGGAAACCAUACCAAUGUGAUGUAUGUGGCAGGAUCUUCAGACAAAAUUCAGAUCUUGUAAAUCACCGGAGAAGUCACACUGGAGACAAACCCUACAUAUGUAAUGAAUGUGGCAAGUCCUUUAGUAAAAGUUCCCACCUUGCAGUUCAUCAGAGAAUUCAUACUGGAGAGAAACCUUACAAAUGUAAUCGAUGUGGGAAGUGCUUUAGUCAAAGUUCCUCUCUUGCAACUCAUCAGACAGUUCAUACUGGAGACAAACCCUACAAAUGUAAUGAAUGUGGCAAAACCUUUAAACGGAACUCAAGCCUCACUGCACAUCAUAUGAUCCAUGCAGGAAAGAAACCAUAUACAUGUGAUGUAUGUGGCAAGGUCUUUUAUCAGAAUUCACAACUUGUAAGGCACCAGAUAAUUCAUACUGGAGAGACACCUUACAAAUGUAAUGAAUGUGGCAAGGUCUUCUUUCAACGUUCACGUCUUGCAGGGCAUCGGAGAAUUCAUACUGGAGAGAAACCCUACAAAUGUAAUGAAUGUGGCAAGGUCUUCAGUCAACAUUCACAUCUUGCAGUGCAUCAGAGAGUUCAUACUGGAGAGAAACCUUACAAAUGUAAUGAAUGUGGCAAAGCCUUUAAUUGGGGCUCAUUACUAACUGUACAUCAGAGAAUUCAUACCGGAGAGAAACCUUACAAAUGUAAUGUGUGUGGCAAGGUCUUUAAUUACGGUGGAUACCUUUCGGUUCAUAUGAGAUGUCAUACUGGAGAGAAACCUCUCCAUUGUAAUAAAUGUGGCAUGGUCUUCACUUACUAUUCAUGCCUAGCACGUCAUCAAAGAAUGCAUACCGGAGAGAAACCUUACAAAUGUAAUGUGUGUGGCAAGGUCUUCAUUGACAGUGGAAACCUUUCAAUUCACAGGCGAAGUCAUACCGGAGAGAAACCUUUCCAGUGUAACGAAUGCGGCAAGGUCUUCAGUUACUACUCAUGCCUAGCACGUCAUCGGAAAAUUCAUACCGGAGAGAAACCUUAUAAAUGUAAUGAUUGUGGCAAAGCCUAUACUCAGCGUUCAAGCCUCACUAAACAUCUGGUAAUUCAUACUGGAGAGAACCCUUACCACUGUAAUGAAUUUGGUGAGGCUUUUAUCCAAAGUUCAAAACUUGCAAGAUAUCACAGAAAUCCUACUGGGGAGAAACCACACAAAUGUAGUGAAUGUGGUAGAACUUUUAGUCAUAAAACAAGUCUGGUGUACCAUCAGAGAAGGCAUACUGGAGAGAUGCCAUACAAAUGUAUUGAAUGUGGGAAAGUCUUUAACUCCACUACAACCCUUGCAAGGCAUCGGAGAAUUCACACUGGAGAGAAACCUUACAAAUGUAAUGAAUGUGGCAAGGUCUUCCGUUAUCGCUCAGGCCUCGCACGUCAUUGGAGUAUUCAUACUGGAGAGAAACCUUACAAAUGUAAUGAGUGUGGCAAAGCCUUUAGAGUACGUUCAAUUCUGCUUAAUCAUCAGAUGAUGCAUACUGGAGAGAAACCUUAUAAAUGUAAUGAAUGUGGUAAAGCUUUUAUCGAAAGGUCAAACUUGGUUUACCAUCAGAGAAACCAUACUGGAGAGAAGCCAUACAAAUGUAUGGAAUGUGGCAAGGCGUUUGGGCGGCGGUCUUGCCUCACUAAACACCAACGAAUUCAUUCUAUUGAAAAACCUUAUAAAUGUAAUGAGUGUGGCAAAUCUUACAUUAGUCGCUCAGGCCUCACUAAACAUCAGAUAAAACAUGCUGGAGAGAACCUUACAACUAAACUCAACGUGGAAAGGCCGUUAGAUGUUGUCCUAGCUUCUGGGAUCCCCAAAUAAUUUAUACUUACUCAUAUAGCUUGUAUAUUUGUCCUUUCCCUUUAAAGUCUCAUGUGGAAUUGUAAUCUCCAGUAUUGCAGGUGGGGCCUAGUGGGAGGUGAUUGGAUGAUGGGGGUGGCUUUCUCAAGAAAGGUUUAGUACCACCCCCUUGUUGCUGUCCUUGUGAUAGUUCUCAUGAGGUCUGGCUCAUGCCUGUAAUCCCAGCACUUUGGGAGGCCGAGGUGGGUGGAUCACCUGAUGUCAGGAGUUUGAGACCAGCCUGGCCAACAUGGUGAAACCCCGUCUCUACUAAAAAAUACAAAAAUUAGCUGGGCGUAGUGGUGGACGCCUGUAAUCCUGCUACUUGGGAGGCUGAGGCAGAAGAAUCACUUGAAUCCGGGAUGUGGAGGUUGCUGUAAGCCGAGAUUGUGCCAUUGUACUCCAGCCUGGGUGACAAGAGUGAGACUCUGUCUCAAAAAAAUAAAAAAAUCAAAUGUU